AUGGAGCAACUUCCUAUCGGGCCAUCAGGUCUUCUGAUGCAGACAGACUUCAUUUCACCUGAAGCGGAGCGUGAGCUAUUGAGCAUUCUCGCCAACCUUGAGUGGCCAACACUUCCUGGCCGUCGUUCUCUGCAUUACGGCUACACCUUUAGCUACAAGACAUUCGGGAUCGAUGAGGACGUCCCUUUCAACGCAUUUCCGGACUGGCUAGUCCCACUCCUUCCACCCUACGAGAAUUGUCAACCGCAUCAAGUUUGCGUGCAGUAUUACCCGCCUGGGGCUGGCAUCCCACCACACGUCGACACACACAGCACAUACGAUCAACUCUACUCGCUAUCGCUCGGAUCCCCGGUAUACAUGCAAUUUCGCGAUGGCGAGUCUGGUGACAAGGUUGAUGUGGACUUGCCGCCAAGGAGCAUGUUGCAGCUCAGUGGCGAUUCGAGACUACACUGGACGCACGGCAUCAGAGCUCGCAAAACAGACACAUUGGCCGAUGGCACGAUACGGGCAAGGCAGGACCGCUGGAGCAUCACAUACCGCUGGCUGCGAGAGGGAGCAAGAUGCGAAUGUGGAGAUGUAAGACUGUGCGAUACGGCCCAAAAACACCACGGAAUCGAACGAGAGUACAGAUGGAAAAAGGGAAACGACGAUAUAAAAGAGACUAUAACAUAG